AUGCUCAAAAUCUCUCCGGCGAUCCGUCACGCUGAGCUCGCAGGUUUGCGCCGAGUGCUGAAUGCUCUCGAUCUGUUACACCAGGUAUGCAUAUGCGAGUCGUAUAGGGACGGCGCGAUGCUUUUUCGUCACGGUGCGGCCCUGAGCGAUGGCUGCACAGCCAUUGGCUUCGUCAGAUCUGCUCCUCCUUUCAUCCCAUUUCAGCCCUCCCGCCGGCGCAUCGUGCGGCUCAGCUCUCGGCGCAGCUCGAAUGCCCUGCCAGUGGUGGAUGGAUCGCACCAGGAGGAAACCGCAGAGGCGCUCAUGGAACGCGCCAGACGGCUGCGGUCUGAGGCUUCGGUCAUGGAGGAUGAGAUGCUGCGGCUGCUGACGGACGACAAGGAGGAAGUGGCCGAUGAAGCUGCGGAAGAGCAGAGAUCUGCUGUGGCUGUGGCGGUGGCAGCUGAGCCUGGGGAGCUUGCAAAGGAAAGAGUGAGGGAACAGAAGAGCGCAAGGCGUCUGCGGGCACUUCUCAUGCACUGUGUUGGUUGGUUGCCCCUGCCCCUGUCUGUGUGUCGUGUGUGUCAGGGUGAGAUCUGGGAGGCCCUUACUGAAGCGCUCGCUGAGGAGAGGACCAAAGGCGAGAAGGUCGCCAAGCUGCUAGAGGCGCUGAAGCUCCGCGAUGGGGUCAGCCUGUGGGACGCAGAGUCGGUGCUGUACCGUCCCACGCCGCUGGAGCAACUCAAGAUAUAUCUCAAAAUGAGAGGUGAGGUGAGGAAAACACACAUGGCUGACACGACGUCCUGCACUCACACGCAGGGAUUGUUCGUCUGUGUGUCAGAUGUGUCGAAUCCGGCAAGGGUGCUGGACAUUGAUGGCGGCAGCGCCGUGGACAAGAUCGCUCUCGGGCUGGGAGUGCUCUGCCUCGUCGCCACCGGAGCUGUGUUUCUGGGGGCCCUCAAUGUAGGAAGUGACGUGCACUUCAGAUGACCAAAAGGAGAUGACUGGUCUGUCUGGGUGUGUGUGUGUCCGUGGCGUGGUGUGUGUCAGUGGAUUCCCAAUGACUUUGUGCGAUACUGUGUGAGUCUGGCGCUCAUCUCCCUGCCAUUCACCUACAUGGCGGUGGGCAUCGCGAGACCCAACGACCUGUUCUUCUUUAUCGCUGAGGUAGGUGACUGGCGAGCAACCAAAACCGAUGGAAAGAUAAAGUUGCACGUUCCUCUCUCUCUCUGUGUCUGUGUCUGUGUCUUGUCAGGUUUGGCGGGCGCUGAGCCCAAAGACAGCCGAGAGGCUCUACUAUCAUGAAGCAGUGAGCACACACAGCAUUACGCACCCACACCAUAAGCACGACGCUCCCUGCGUCCAUCCCUCCCUCCCCCAUGCCCUCCCCCAUGCCCUCCCUCCCUCCGACAUGUAGGCGCACUUUCUCGUCGGCUAUCUGCUGGGUCUGCCAAUCAAGAGCUACUCGGCCAACAGCUUCCUCAACCGCGUUGAGUUCUACGACGACAUGGACAUCCUCACCGCCGCAGACCGGCCACCAGAGUCGCUGCGGGACCGCAUACAGGCCGGCUUCGAGGUGCCCGAGGGGGACAGGCCGCGGGAGGCUGACGACGACGACGAGGUCACACUGAGGCGUGAGUUGAGGAGCGGUGAGAGGAGGCCUCGACCUGGAACGGUCGUCAACUUAGAGCGGGCCAAGCGGGCGAUUGUCGUGGCCUCCGCUGGCGUUGCGGGUCGGUGGGCUGGGAACAAACGAGCUGUCUCUUUCUUGGCAAGUUGUGAUUCAUUGGUCGGUGGCCUGCCUCGGUGUGUGGUGUGUGUGAGUUCAGGUGAGUAUUUGUACUGUGAGAGUGCCGAGGGGGGCAGCGCCGACAUCAAGUGGAUCGACGCCGUCCUCAGGAGGUAGUACUGUACACCAACACCUGUCAAUGAGCCUGAGCCUCUGUCUCUAUGUGUCUGUUGUUCUUGCGUGGACGACAGGACGGAUCCCCCGUUGAAGCGUGACGAGCGUCAGGACUAUAUGAGGUGGGGCGUGGUGGAGGCCUACCUCCUACUCGACAAGUACAAAACCACACUGGACGCCCUUGUGGACAGCUUCAGGUACACACACACACACACACACAGAGGCGCAUGGCAGUGAUUUCUGUCUGUGUCUUUCUUUGACCAGGGCUGGCCGGUCCAUUGUCGAGUGCGUGAAGGCGAUCGAGGACAGUGCGUAGUGCCGGUCCAUUGUCGAGUGCGUGAAGGCGAUCGAGGACAGUGCGUAGUGCCAGAUGAGAUGAGAGGAGAUGAAGGCGUUAGGUUGCGUCGGUUCCUGUGCUAAGAUCUGUGUGUUGAUUGACUGAUCGUGUCGUAUGUGUGCGUCGUAUUGUUGACGUGUAAGGGUGGCG